AUAAAGCUGACGCCAUCCACGUUGAGGACAGCUUGACGCUGCAACGCUGGUAGAGCGAUUGUAUAUGAGUUGGAUGUUGUUAUUUUUCCGUUUACGUAUUUUUCUCUGGCAUCUCCAUAUAUCUCUCGUAUUGUGCUCGCCGUGAUCGACUUUUGAAAACCCUUUCUCUUCAUUUCCACAGUUCUUGAACACUGCUGCAACUUCAACUUGCGACCUGAGCUCACAACCCUGAGAGAUCAACUGCAGACAGACUGAAACAUGGCGCCACCAGUUGACCCCAGCACCCGUAAAAGGGUGUUGCGAGUCAUCUUCUUUUCUCUUCUGCUAGACUUAAUAUCUUUCACCUUCAUCCUCCCCCUUUUUCCGAAGCUCCUCGAGUUCUAUCGCAACGCCGAAGCUCCCCUUGAGCCUGGCGCAGAACCAUCCAAGACACUGCUGUCGAACGUGCUCAGCUAUCUCAAUGCCUACAAGGCGGCCUUUGCGCGCCCCAUCGACUCCCGAUAUGACAUCGUUCUACUGGGCGGGGCGUUGGGGAGUCUCUUCUCUCUUCUCCAAGCCGUCGCUUCCCCAAUUAUCGGCCACCUUUCCGACAAGUACGGCCGGCGUACCGCCUUGCUCGCUAGCAUGGCGGGAAACAUCCUCUCGGUGCUGUUGUGGGUGAUGGCAGUCGAUUUCCGGACGUUCUUGGCUUCGCGCAUUGUCGGCGGUCUCUCCGAGGGCAACGUACAGCUUGCCACCGCGAUAGCUACCGACAUUUCCGAUGCGAACAGUCGAGGGUCGACCAUGGCCCUGAUCGGCGCGUGCUUCUCCAUCGCCUUCACCUUCGGCCCCGCAUUGGGCGCCUGGCUCAGUUCCAUCGCCACGGUGGCUGCCAAUCCGUUUGCGACUGCUGCCGGGGUAUCCCUAUUCUUGAUCGUCGUUGAGACCGUGUAUCUCUAUGUCAGCCUCCCCGAGACGCUUCCCUCGUUAACCAGGACGGACAGCGCAGCCUCUGCGGGAAAGAAGGAAGCAAAGCCAGCGGCGGUCCCGGUGCAAAGGACGAAUUCGCAUUUCCUCCUCAACCUGGUCCACAUGGCUUUCCUGCUCUUCUUUUCUGGCAUGGAGUUCUCGCUGCCGUUCAUGACAUAUGACCUGUUUGGAUACAGCUCGACCAAGAACGGGAGACUGCUCGGAUUCGUGGGCCUGGUUGCCUCUAUUUUGCAAGGCGGCGUAACCCGCCGGCUGCCACCCCUGCUCUCCGUCCGGAUCGGCGUGCUGGCAUGCCUCGCCGCUUUUAUCCUGCUUGCCCGUAUCUCUACCGUAUCGGGCCUCUACCUGGCCGCCACAUGCCUCGCAACCACGUCUGCAACCGUUGUAACCGGGUUGAAUGCUCUCAGCAGCUUCGAGGCUGCCGAAGAUGAGAGGGGAGGUAAAUUGGGCAUGCUGAGAAGCUGGGGCCAGCUCGGUCGUGGCCUUGGCCCUGUCCUCUUCACGACCAUCUACUGGUGGGCGGGGCGGGAAGCAGCGUAUAACAUGGGCGCUCUCGGUAUUGCGGGCGUGAGUGCGUUAGCCUUGCUCGGGUUGAAGACACCACGGGGGUCUGUGAAACAGGGAACUCCAUCCAAGGCGCUGGGGGACAAGAAGGAAUUAUGAGCUGAAAGUCGCAUCAACUCCGUAUGUGACGGAUGGAUCUCGAAUAGUACUGUACAAUAGUUAACCACAACUUUGCAUUAAGAGGCUGGCCUAGAUAUAGACGUAUGCGACAGCGUCGCCUUCUGUAACACUGCCAUGGAGCCUAACGUUG